GGGGGAGAAAAUAAAUUAAUAUUUUGAAAAUUGAUUUUAGUUUUGGAAAAUUUCAAUCUUAAAGUUGUUUGAAAGCUGGAUAGUGUUGAACCUGAAUCGGACGGAUCUGAAACUGAAAAGGAAGAUAAUAUCGAGUUCCAAACACCCCGAGAAAAGCGAUACCAACAAAUCCUGCAGAAGAGAGAGGAAAUGUCUUUGGAAGUGGAAGGCGUUAAGAGGCGAGUGAAAAGUUUGGAAGAAAGUAGUGUCGAGAGAGGAGCGGGAGGACUACCGUAUCCGAAUUUCUUUAACGGAACGGAAGACUUCUUAACGUAUCUGAAGGGGUUCAAUAGGGUGGCGACCGCACAUGGCUGGCAGCCAGCGCGGUGCUGCCAGAUUUUGCCAAUAUAUUUGCGCGGCUCGGCGCUGGCUGUCUAUGAAGGAUUGCCUGAGGAAGAAAAGGCAACUUGGAAAGGAUUAGUUGAAGGAUUAGCAGGAAGAUUAAAGAGGAUUUCGACAAGGGAAGUGGCGAGAUUGAAGAUGAUGGAGAGGAAGCAGAAGGUGGGAGAGUCGGUGGAAGAGUUUGCUGGCGUUUUGCGAAAUUUGGUGGAGUUUGCCUAUCCCGACACCUGUUUGGAGAUGGAUUUAACGGGAUUAACACUGGGAAAUGAAGUCGUAAAGAAUGUGAAGGGACAGCAUGAAGAGAUGGCAAAAAGGUUUCGGGACGAGCAGUGCAGAGACCGGCUGCGGGCGGGGCUGUUACCGGAAAUAAGAGAGAAGGUUAUUUUUAUGGAGGAACCGGGAUCGCUGGCGGAGGCAGUAACCCAAGCUAAAAGAGUGGAGGAAUUGACAAACUCCCUCAAAGAUGAUGUUUGGAGGCGAACAAAAGAGAUUGAGGUGAAAGCGACGCUCGCGGAAGUGAAUGAGAUUAGAGCAAAUAGAAAUAGGGAGUUUGUGAAUAUGAGAGAAGGACAAAACAGUCAGGGCCAAAAUUAUCGUCAAAAUAAUAAUUAUAGAGAUAAUCAAUGGAAUAGAGGAAAUAGAGGAAAUUGGAGGGGUCAAUCGAACCGUUACUCGACAUGGAACCAGGCGAACCGAGGCAAUGGAAAUUUUCGGAAUUUUAAUAACCAAAGGGGCCAAAGUUGGAAUAAUGGGCAAAAUCGAAACCCGAACAUGAUCCCAACACCAAAUUUUAGAUCCAAUGGACCAAGAGGGAGAGGCACAAAUUUAAAUAGAGGAGGUUAUCGGAUCAAUGAAACCAGCUUUCCAUAUAUUUGCUUGAUGGCCAUAAUCUGCGGAAUUUUGACGAUAACUGAGGCCCAAUUUCAAAUAUGCGCAAAACCAUUUUCGGAAAUUACGGGAAUAGUGAAAGAUUUUCCCGAUGAUAAUAACUGUACGCUACCGAUAGAAGAAACUCCGACACGCGCCAAAAUAAAUAUUUUUGUCCCGAUCAGAUUACCAAAGAAAUUUCAAGUUUUGCGGUGCCAAAAAUGGACUAUAAAAAUGUGCACCGAGUCAUAUUUUGGAAUAUAUAGAAAAGAGAAAAAUUGGAAUAUUUAUUUGGAAAAAAUUUCAAAAGAGGAAUGUUGGGAGACAUGGGAUAAACGGUUAUUACAAACAAUGGGAGAAAAAGUAUGGCAGACACCUAGAAAUUGGGAGAAAGAGCAUUCAUUUUUCGGAGAAAAUUGCAAGAAUGUGACGGGGUUAACUAUAGAGGAAGGCACAGGCGCGAUUUUAGAGGGAAGAAAGUUGGUGACUAGUUGGGGUGACGAGUUUUUAGUUGAAAGGAAGGACGAUGAACUAGAAGGGUGGACUAAGCAUUUACAGACAGAAGAGAUAUUGAUAUGGAGAAUUCCAGGUUGGGCCUAUUGGAAUACACAUUUCCGAGUGGGACCAGUAAAUUCGGAAAUUUGGGCGCAAAAAACGGUGGUUGUGGACGAAAUGCAAUACUCAUUCGUUUAUCAUAAAAAUGGAACUCACCCGGAAAAUGUGUAUGGAUUACCCGAAAAAGCUUUGAGAAUGGAAAAUGAUGUUUUUGUUGAAAUAUUAGAGGAAAAUGGGGAAAAUAAAACAAGAGUCAGAAGGCAAGGUGGCACAGGAGUUUUGAAGAAAAAUAGAAGGUUAUUUGAAAUAAAAACAACCAUCCCAGUAACCACUACGGAAAAGCCUAGAGAAAUGGAAACCACUCUCCGGGCAACUACAAUAAGGAAAAUAGUUAAUACUGAAACAAGUAAAAUGACCACCCCGAUCUGGAAAGUAACCCCUACAGCUAGAAUUACGACCCCAAGGGCAACAACUCAAGUAGAGAUAUUAAAGACCACGACAGAGAGGACAAAAAUUCAGACGCCAAUCUGGAGAGUAACCCCAACCACGAGCAAGCCGACACAAAAGACGAUAGUCCCGAGUUCAAAAAUAAUCUCAAGCACACAAUCAAGUACCACCAAGAGAAUAAUCACCCCGACCAGAAGCACCACGGUAAGAAUAAUCACACCGAAAAUGACUACGACGAGCCCCACUCCCAAAAUGACAAUUACCACGAGGAAUAGUUUCAUAAAAUCAACAGUUAGGCCCCCAUUUACGCAGAAAGCCCCUCCAACAACUAAAAGGCCACAGAUGAGGGACGAUGUUAAAAUUCCUAAAGUAACAAAUCCGGCAAGCAGAAAGGCUAAUAUAAUUGAGACAACGGAAAGGACGACGACCACGUUGGUGAUGAAAAGAGAUGUUUCAGAUAAGCCGUGGCUCGACCCAAAAGACGAAAAUCACGCAAACUCAAGAUUAAAUUAUUUGGAUUGGAAGACCGAACAGAGACGAGUACUCGAAGCAAGGGAAAAGUGGAUCACAGAUUGCCAUAACCGAAACAGCCAAUUAUCUAUCGCAAGGGCCCUAGCAAGAGAAAUGCCGGAGCAGGCGGCGCGUUCGUUGUAUAAUAGGGAUGACAUAACGGCAACUUUAUUGAGUACAGAGGAUGGAAAAAUCAGAUGGCAGCUAAAUAAAUGUAGGCAGGUAAAAGCCGAUUCUAUUGAUUGGACUCAAAUGGUAGGGAAAGAUUGUUACAAAGAGACUCCAGUUACAGUAAAUAAGAAAAGAUAUUUUUUGAAACCGGGAGGAAGAGAUUUAAUUAGCGAGGGGACACAAAUAGAUUGUUUAAAGAAAAAGAGGCCAAGCAAUGACAAAAAUGCAAAUAAAACAAAAAUAGAAGAAUUAAAUAUAAUUAGCUCAUUCCAAACCAGUCCGCAGAUAAACAGGCAAAAUCCGCUUAUUUUUAAUGUUGGGAGCAUUUUCGAGUCAGACCAAACGAGAUUGGACCAAAAUAUGCAAGAUUUGACGAAAAGAUUAAACCGGCCAGAGCUAACAUUUCCGGAGGAAACAGAGACUGAAUUUGAAGAGGAAAAUAAUUCGACGAAGGGGACAGUUCGAGCCAUACUUGCCCAAGGGAAUAAGGCGUUCCAAACAGUGGUAGAGCAAGGAAAUGUCCUCAUUGGGAAAUCAUCUGAAGUUCUAGAGAAAGGGAAAAAUUUUUGGGAAGACCCUUUCGGAAUUAAGUCUACGAUAAAAAUGAUUUUGGCAGUGAUCGCAGGCGUCGCAUUACUGAUUGGAUUGUGUGUUAUUUAUUGGAAAGGGAGGAUAUAUAUAAUGUUAAUAAUAAACGGAAUAAGGACUGGUGCAAGAAUGGCAAAUUUCAUGAUAAAUUUACUACGACCCAGACGAAACCAACCAAUUACAGUUUCAGCAGUCGAAAGAAGAUUAACCCCCACGGCGCCAUUAGCGGAAGAAGUACUUGAGGAAGAGGCAUACAUUUUAAAUUUCAUCCCGAAAGUAUACCAAGUGACUUCAAAAAAGAGAAGAUGCCAUAUAAAUAUAACCUUAAAUGGGAAUAAGACGAGAGCACUUUUUGACACGGGGGCAGACAUAACCUAUCGAAUUCCACACCCAUUUUUCUUAUUGGCUCAGCUAACACCUUGGUUGAAAUCGGAAAUUUCCGCACAACCUUCCCCAUUUUAAUUUCCGAAAAUGAAGGAUGUCCAGGAGGCGCAAUUAUAGGAACUGAUUUAAUGGAGGAGAUAAAUAAACAAGAGGACUAUAUGAUUGGAAUUGAUUUUAAAAGAGGCGAAGUACAUUUGG